GGGGAAGGGGUCCAAUGCUGCCCACUGCGUAGCCUUCUUAAUUCGUUCCAGUCUCUUUUUCUCGUAGAAGGAAGUAGGUCGGAUAAAGGGCCUUGCUUCAUAUUAAAGAAGACGGACGGGUCACACAAACAUCCUGGAGAAGGGAGAUGCCCUUUUCCUUCCCCCUUCGCUUCUUCGAUUCCCCUACUGGCUUUUCCCUGGGUUUAAUUACUUGUUUCCGUUCAUGAUUUCCCCAAGGGUAUCUAGGAGAUGACCACAUAUCCGAGGCGGUAUGGCCGGCGCUCGCUAUUACUGCUCCUGCUGUGGUGUAUUGCUUCGGUAGUCGAGGCACAGAGCGUCGCCAGCCUGCUCACACAAAUCCCAAAUUGCGCACUUCCAUGCAUCACACAAGGUCUACAAGAGGGCAACUGCAGCUUGACAUCGGUUGCGACCGUGACCGAAUGUCUCUGUCCCAAUAUCAGACUGCAGUCAGAUUUGUCAACGUGUGUGCAACUUAAAUGUCAUCUCGAAGAUCAAGCUCGCGCUGCGAAGCUCGAGACAAGUCUUUGCGAUGCGUACCCCAAAGAGUCUAGGAGUAAUGAGGUGAAGACCAUCGCCAUCGCCCUGUCAGUCAUCACAUUUCCCGUCGUUGCGCUGCGGUGCAUAUCACGAUGGAAGAUCACCAACAAGUUGUGGUGGGAUGACUGGACGGCCAUCUUCGCAACAGUGACCGGCUUGGCUGGUAUCGAAAUUGCGAGUGCCGACCUAGGCUUCGGAACCCACUACUGGAACAUCGAACUCGACGCCGGAACGAAAUUACUCAAGCUUUUCUACGCCGUUCAGCAACUCUACAUCAUGAUUCAAGUCUUCGCCAAAAUAUCGAUCCUGUUGUUCUUCUCCCGAAUUUUCCCGGCAAAGUGGUUCCAGCUCACCGUCCGCUACUUCAUCAUGUUUUUGCUGCUCCACGGGCUGAUAUUUCUCUUGGUCAUCGUGUUCCAAUGCACACCAGUCUCUUCAGUCUGGGACAGAAGCAACCCGAAUCGGACAUGUCUCAACGUGACCGCCAUCGGAUACGCCGGAGCAGUCUUCAGUAUUGUGGAAGACUUGGUGAUCCUGGUUCUGCCUAUUCCCGAGUUGGUGAAGCUUCAGCUCAAUAUCAGGAAGAAAAUUGCGCUGGGCUUCAUGUUCAGCCUUGGCUCAUUUGCCUGUAUCACAACUAUGGUCCGUUUGAAAUAUCUCGUCAUGUUCUCGAGCACUUUCGACACUACGUGGGACAACGUCGACAUUGUCAUAUGGUCCAUCAUAGAGGAAUUCUGUGCCAUCCUCUGCGCAAGUCUUCCAGCACUUCGGCCUUUGCUUCAGAAGGUCCCGCAACUCUUCUCCAGCAACAAGACCAACACCAAAAACAACAGCUUAGGGACGGUGAACUCGAGACGCUCUAUGCUCAAUAUUGGAAAGGACAAGUUCCACGAAAUUCCCGAGACGCCUUCGAUGGCUUCAGAACUGCCACCCACACCAAUCGACCUCGCAGACGAGAUGGCGGCAAAGGCUGACGGAAAGCGUCAAGUCCUCAUCACCAAGGAUGUCAAGGUUAACGUAGCCAAUUUUGAGCUGCAGAAUGUCAAAUCUGGCAAGAAAUGGCAAAAGAACGAAAAUGGGAGGUUCUGAUUGGUCAAGGAUGCAGAUAGGACGAGAGAGUCGAAAGCAAUCAGCGUUAUGGAUAAACCCUUUUUUGUAUUACAUUGGCAUUCAAGCGACGGCGAACUUGGAAACUUG